AUGUCUGAUAUGUUACCAUUAGCUACUUACAACUUAAAUGUUGAACCAUACACUCCAACACCAGCUAUCGAUGUAACUAUGCCAGUUACUGUGCGUAUCACAAUGGCUGCUAUUAAUCCAGAAUCUUAUGACAAAGACGAAAAACCAUCCACUUUAAGAAUUGUCAAGAGAAACCCAGACUUCAACGAUCAUGAUGACAUUGAUGAUAUUAUAAAUGGUGAUUAUGAUGAAGAAGAAAUGGACUCUGAAGAUGAUGUUGAAGAAGAAGAAGAAGAAACAAAACCAAACAAGAAAAACAACAAAAAGGAAGGUAAGAAAGCUGGUAAGAAGUCUAAGGAUGAAAAAUCUUCUUCUGAAUCCUCUGAAUCUGAUCUAGAAGAAGAAGAAGAAGAAUUAGAUGAUGAAUUUGAAGAAUAUAUUUUGGUAACUUUAUCACCAAAAGGUCAAUUUCAACAAGCUAUCGAUAUCACUAUUGCUCCAGAAGAAGAUAUCCAAUUUGUUGUUACUGGUUCAUAUGCUAUUACUUUGAGCGGUAAUUACGUGAAACAUCCAUUUGAUACUCCAGUUGAACAUUUCGGUAUUGAUGGUGAUGAAGGUUAUGAUGAAGAUCAUGAUGAAAUCGAUCCUUACGACGAAGAUCAAGACGAAGAUUUCUCUUCUGCUGAAGGUGAAUCAGAUGAAGAUGAUGAAUUAGAUGACCUUGAAGAAGAAGAAGUUCGUAUUGAAGAAGUUAUUGAAGAACCGGAAGAAAAAACUAACAAGAAACAUAACGAGAAGGAAGAUAAGAAGAAUAAUAAGAGAAAACAACAAGUGGAAGAAGAAAAAAAAGAAAGUAAGAAAGCCAAAAAAGUUGAAUUCAAAAAAGAUUUAGAAGAAGGCCCUACUAAGAAAGCUGAUAAGAAAAAGGAAGAACCUAAAAAGGCAAAGGCUAAAGUUUUAGAAGGUGGCGUUGUUAUUGAAGACCGUAAGAUUGGUCAAGGCCCAAAAGCUAAGAAGAGUAAUAGAAUUGGUAUGAGAUACAUUGGUAAGUUGAAGAACGGUAAGGUCUUUGACAAGAACACCAGUGGUAAACCAUUUGUUUUCAAAUUAGGUCAUGGUGAAGUCAUCAAAGGUUGGGACAUUGGUGUUCAAGGUAUGGCUGUCGGUGGUGAACGUAGAAUUGUCAUUCCAUCUGCCUAUGCUUACGGUAAACAAGCUUUACCAGGUAUUCCAGCUAAUUCCGAAUUAACCUUUGAUGUUAAAUUGGUAUCUAUGAAAUAA